CCUCUAAGGUAUAUCAAUCGAUUGUCACCUGUUGUCAAAAGCGGCGUUAUUGAUUUCGUCUCCAGUUGGACAACCUCAGUCGUUUGGAAAUCUCACGGAAUAUCCCGAGCAAUUCCGAAAAGCCUACACUAGGGUCCCUGUGAGCUUUAGAUAAGCAUACCACAGGCCGAGACAUGAGCGUGUUCCGUUCGGCUAUCAGUCGAGUCCGGAAAUAACGGUCGCGUUCAAGAGGUCGACGGGUCCUCCUUUCCCGCUUUUCAAUAGGCUUUUCCCGGAUAUAAAAUCUAGCAGGCGAACCCACAGCUCAUUCGACUGAAGGCAGCUGACGAAACAGUGACGCUUAAAUUAUGUAGUAACAAGAGCUACCCCCCUUACCUCAGUGCCUUGACGAUGUCAGCCCAAGAGAGGGAGCUCCUCGUGAGGCUCUUGAAACAGUCAGUCCUCACGCUGUGCCGCGAGACAAUCUCCUUCCAUGCCAAGCUGGAAAUAGACGGAUUAAUAUGCAUCACGGUAGAGGAUAAUGCACAGCCAAUGGUCGUCAAAAUUCAUGAAUAUGUACAGAAAAACCUACGUUCCUUCUCUUAUAGCGACACCACUCUGGGAAUGGAAUUCCCGCCGUCGAAGAAAAGCAGACGAGAUUUGUUUCAUGAUGCCCUUGUUGUGAAUAGUCCCGCCGACUCGUCCGAGGGUCUGAAUAUGUCGGAUGUGUCUGUGGACGAGUCUGGAGAGACGUCAGCGACCCCAGACGCCGCUGCGGGUGUUCAGUCUGGAUCACGACCUUCCUCAGCCCCGUCCCCCGAGGAGAACCAUAAAUCGAAUGAAGGUCAAAAUACUCCUCGUCUAUCAAACAGCUUUGGUAGAGGGAAAGAAGAUGGACGAGAAGAAAGCGAGAAGCACGACGACGACCAAAGAAGCGAUAGUGCGGAAACAGACUCUAAAAUGAGUUUAUCGUCUGCCCCGAACACCAGUCUCAUCCCAGCAAAUAUCCACGCUCACAGUUCGGCUAUGUCCCACCCUCAGGGGCUUUUGUGUAAGCGUUGUUUCACCAUAGUCCCUGAUGCAACAUCAUUCGACAGCCACAACCUCCGAGAACACUCCCUCUUCACCUGUCGGAUCUGCUUCAAAGGAUUCACAGCCAGGAAUAACCUGAAACGUCACUUCCGGCUGCACACCGGUGUACGGCCGUACAAGUGUACGAUGUGUUCGCAGGGAUUUACGAGGAAGGACGACCUGAAGGCCCAUGUACUCCGCCAUUCCUACAACAAGCCAUUCCGAUGUGGACUCUGCGGAAAAGGCUACACGGAUAGGUCCUGUGUGCGGAACCACAUGGCCAAGGAGCACCACACCAGGCUGCUCCAUGUCUGUCCACAGUGUGGCGAAGGCUUUAACGACACAGUGUUGUUCUCUAGACAUAAAAAAGCUCAUCCGGAGUUUCAGAACUUUCAAUGCGACGGCUGCUCCUUCAUUGGGAUCAACUCGUUGGACCUUAUGAAACAUACCCUGACCCAUUCUACAAAGUCGUACACGUGCAAGCCGUGCAAGCAACAGUUCCAAGAUCCUUUUGACUACAGCUCGCAUUUGAAGAAACACAAAACGGAUGAGUCCUUCGCCAGUUAUUGCUGUUGCUUCUGUAAUACUGAGCUCAAUACGUACGAACAAUUUGUAAGACACGAGUACUCCCAUGCUCAAAGUAGAACCCACUCGUGUCAUUUCUGUUCCAAACAGUUCCGUUAUCCCUCUGAUCUGAAAGCCCACGUGGCUACUCACACGGAACCGGUGAACCUUGCUACUGCAGCUUCUCGAGAUAAAAGCCCUGAACCAGAGCCUGAAGAUAACAGCACGUCGUCUAGUCAAUAUUGGUGUACGGAGUGUCAAAUAGGCUUCCCUUCCGAGGAAAGCCUCCAUGGACAUAUAUAUGAGGCGCACGAGUCACAGAGACUCAGCAGGGAAUCGGAACGACAGCCGGAGUCACCGGCUACACCAGCAAUGAUUGAACUUCGCAAAGAAAACAUUGAUUUUCCUAAUGAUGUUGCUGCUAUGAAAAUGACACCCGAUUCUGUGGAAUCAAGAUCUGAGGCUGGCGGUUCGGAGAAGCAUACUGCUUCUGUCACAGACAACAUCCCCAUGGUCGAUCUGUCGAAAACCAAGCUGCCUCAUCUGUCGGCCUUUGACAGAGAACCGUCUUCAGAAGCCAGGACCAGAUUGUUCAUGGAUCCGAGAGACAUUGCUAAUUCGGCAGAGACUGUGAUACUGAAUGGGGAACCUGUAUCUAUAAAAAGAGAGAUGCCAAACCAUGAUGACGAAUUAAGAGCUCUCCAAGACGACUUCAUGCCCUCGAGCAGCGACUACCCCGGAUCGCCUGGGAAUGAUUCAAUCGCAAAUUCAUCGUUUGACGGAGAACAGCCAACAGGCGCAGGAGUAAAGGAAAUUGUUUUAGAACGAAUUCACAUCCGGUCACCGGGGUUUGAAAGAGUUGUCACCCCUGAAGUGCUCUUCCGUUCCCAGUCGGCGUUCCAAUGCCUAGUCUGCAAGGAGAACUUUGUGGACUUCUCCAACUUUGAAUUUCACAGCAGCAACCUACACAGACGUUUUGUGUGUGAAUAUUGCGGGAAAGUGUUCACGGCGAAGCCUAACAGAGAACGCCACGUUCGUUACCACACCGGAGAGAGGCCUUACAAGUGCGACCUUUGCGAUCAGACAUUUUUCAGGGGAGACGACUUGAAGUAUCACCGCACCACUCGGCAUUCCGGCGUCAAGCCUUUUCGAUGUAACGCUUGCGGGAUGUCAUUUGCGUGGGCAAAGGACCUUGAGAGACAUAUGAAGCACUACUGUCAUUGACGUGGGAUGAAUCUUAGUCGGCUCACGGGUGUCGGUCAUUAGCUACGAUUGAGCACAGGGUAUGAUUGUGUAAUUAAGGUUACGGGGUUAAAACUGGUCGUGUGAUUCACAGAUGUGUAAUUAUUUGUGUAAGUUAGGUGAGUGAACAUUAGUUUCCUUCUAACCUGAGCUAAUUAUAUUUCACUGUUGCACGGGUUGCAGGUCCUGCAGUUUAACAAGGGUCUUAUCUGCUGGUCGUUUUGAAAGAUUGUUUCUAUCGAGAAACAUUUUGUUGUGAAGUAUUUCUUGUCCGAAGGUAUCGAAUGAUCCAAUGAUUUCAUAUAGUAAUGUAUACUUUUCUUCUGAAAGUGGGGAAAAAUGUUUUUAAAGAAUAACGGAAUUUUACUUUUAUUCUCAGGCCCCCUUGUGGGGGAGGGGGAGGGAGGGAACCUCAGCCGUUAUCAUGUUAUGUGGGUUUUUUUUAACAAAGGGUACUUUUUCCCCUGAAGGACACAGUAUCAUGCAUGGAUACAGAACACGUGACUACAAUUUGAUUGUUCGAACCCUGUGGAACAUCAUACUGCCGUCUAUUGCUGUGGACCCGCUACGGAUAUGGCCACUGAUAAACCGUUGAAGUUCUCGUGGAACCUGUGAUGACGUCCAAGCUUUCAUGUGCAUUUGUGUUGGUGCUACUUGCUCAAACUAGAUAUGACUGUAUUUUGAAGUUUUAUAUACUGCAAGGUGCGCGGAUUAUGCCAGUAUUCCUUAAAUAUUGUGUUAACUGUUCAUUGAUAUAUUUAAGCUGUGUACUGUCAAAAUAAGUUUUGAAAAUUGCCAAAGCAAGCGGAGUGUCGACAUAUGUUGACUGUUUACUCUUAAAAAUUCAAUGCAGUGCAAUUGUAAGGCAGGCUCACAAUCAAUGGGUGAUACUAUUAACAAAUCAAUAGACCCGUGAAAGUCCGGGAUAGAAUAAGUUUUCGGCAACCCAUGCUUGCCGAAAAAGGCGACGAUGCAUGUCGUAAGCGGCUUACGGCUCGCUGACUUGGUUGAUGCAUGUCAUCGUAUCCCAUUUGUGUGGAUCGAUGCUCAUGAUGUCAAUUACUGGAUUGUCUGGUCCAGAUUGGAUUAUUUACAGACCGCUGUCAUAUAGCUGGAAUAUUGCUGAGUGCGGCGUAUAACAACAAACAAAUCAAUAAUGUUAAAUUUAAACAUGGCAUCGCAGCAAAUGCUAAAUUUGAUUUAGAAUUUUAUAUUUAAUCAAUUUGAUUUCUGUUGAACGUUCUUUUCUAUUUCAAACGAACAGAUUAACGAUCCUUAAUUUUGUAUUUAAACAUUGUGUUGCAUCAAAUGUGGAAUUUCAUUCAGAAUUUGAAAUAUAGGUUUAAAUAUAGAUUUAAAUGUAAUUUUUUAUAAUUUGAAAUAUAUUUUGAAUACAGACGUUCUUUUUCGAUUUCGAAGGAACAAACAAUUGAACUUUAUUUAUUUUUCAAAUGUCUUUUACAUGUUUCUCCCAUGUGUUAAACUCGGGUAUUUCAGAUAUUGUGAAUAUAAAGAGGUGUAAUGAGUAGAAAGUGGUUGAUUGUACUUUAUUUUCAUAGAUUAUUAUUAUUUUUUUAAAAUAAGCAACCACAAUGAUGUUUUCAGAUACUUUUCAAAACAGUAAUUCCAGGCCAUGUAACUUUACCAUGACAUAAGACGUUGGAAUACCUUGUGUUCAGACAUUUUCUCUAUAAAAUAUGAUAAACGUUGUUUGGUGUAUUUAUCAACAAAUUGAUAACAUUUGAGUUAGCACACAGGCAAACACGAUGCUUGGAUGACUAAAACCAGGCUUGCUGAAACUGCCAGUUAUCUAAAGCAAAGUCCCCUUGUAAGUCGCCAUGAUAUAGCUCAAGUUCUUUCAAAGCUGCGUUAAAACAAACUCACUCACAUUCCUACAACUGAGAAAAGUAGAUGCUAUACAUUAUAAUACCUUAUCCUUUGGGAUAGUCAUACAAUCAAGGAAGUAUUGCACCCUUUAUCAUGUUCAGUGGGGGACACACCGUUGCAAUGCAGAGUUGCGUCGCUAUGACGUGCUAGAAUCUUGUCAUCGUGGGUUUGAAUCCCAAUUCGACCUGAUUAUUGUUUGUCGGCACCAUACCCGUCUAAAACUAGCAUCCUUCGGCCUAUCAUCCCAUGCGGCGGUGGGUAGCUUAGUGGUUAAAGCGUUCGCUCGUCACGCCGUAGGUCCGGGGUCGUUUCCCCGCAUGGGUACAAUGUGAAGCGCAAUCGUACUGUUGCUGGAAUAUUAGUAAAGGCGUAAAACGAUACUCAUUAACUUUCUACCCACAUUAAGGCGAUAUGCCGAAGUAUAACAAACAUUGUUCAAAGCGGCGUUAAACUCACCUGAAUCCCUACUCACUGUAGCCCUGUGGUUAAAGCGUUCGCUCGUCACACCAAAGGCCUGGGUCCGAUUCCCCUCAUGGUUACGUCGUGUGGAGCACAUUUAUGGUGCCCCCCCCC